CUGCCAUCCAUAUUAUUCCCAUGGCGGAGAUAUAGAGAGAGAGGGUUUCCUUUCGGCUGUCAAAAAACAGUGGUGCUGCUUCCAAGUCCUCUAUAAAGAGUUGGAAAAAAAAAAAGCCUUUCCAAGUCCCAAAGCCUCUCCCUUUUUUCAACCUCCUCUCACCUCAUCGUCUCUCUUUCGCCGAGAAUCUUAAGCAUUAACAAAUGACAAUGGCUUAAAAGCCUUGAGAAACUAUUGUGUUUUAUACCCAACUUCAACUGCCAUUAACUGUCUUGAUUCAAGACUUUUGAGUGAAUUUUACGAGUCUUUGUCGUUGUACUUACAUGCCAUUGAAGCUCAAUUUUCAGAGUUGAUAAAGAAAAAAGGCGAAAUGGGUGGAGGAGGAGAAGAGGGGUGGAGUAGUUGGCCACCAACACCUGGUGGAGCGCCGCCGCUGUACAUACAGAAAGAUGACCAUUGGACUCACUUUGAUAACUCCGUAAAUGCAGUUUCUUUUGGGUUUGUUGCCACUGCCAUUCUUAUUUGUAUGUUUCUUGUUAUGGCAAUCUUUGAAAAGUUCCUUAGAGCCACCUCGCCGGCCGGCGAACGCCACAGUCGCUCCGACAUUGAGUCUCAGAACCAUGUGAGUGGCUUCAAUGCAAAACUUGGCCAUCCAUCACCUAAAAUAUUAGCUAAUGCCAGAGAAGUUUCAGUGUUGAUGCCCGGAGAUAAUAUUCCGACUUUUAUUGCACAGCCAGCUCCCGUGCCAUGUCCACCUGAGCGUGUGCCUUGCCCGUCCCAUCAACUGCGUCCGAAUUAGAGCUUCAUCUGAAAGCAAUGAACAUGAGUUAAUGCCAGGGUAAUGGAACAAAUACUGAGCAAAAGUCACCACGAACAAUUCAAAAAAUUUGAACUUGAGACGAGGCAUUUUUUUCUUGCAUAGGCUGUUCGAAUUUGUGCAUAAUCUUUGAAUGGCUUCAGUAAAUGUAAAGAAUCAUAUAAAGUGUACUCUCCAGCUUGUACGUAUUUGCAAUUAAUUGCUUGGAGGACUCCAUCCAGAUAGAAACGUUGGGUGAGGCCCUUGCUUAUUGAGCUUUCUGUUUACAAGCUUAAAGCAGCAAAUUUUAGCAAAUGAAACCGGCCCAGCCAUCUUAGAGCCCA